GAGCUCUUCAAAUAGGGAUUCAAACACAGUAAUCUUUAAAAUCUAAAAAUGUAAACUCACUGCGUUUCAUGAAAUAUUUAGAAUAAGCGGGAGAACAAGCAACUUGCUAAAGAUGGUAGAUCAGAGUAUAUCGUAUCAACAGAAUCCAUGGGAAGAAGAUGAUCGAGCAUUUGGCUCAAUUGGCAAGGUUCUGACAUUGGCUCAAAAAUCUGGUCAUUUGAAAAAGUUUGAUGCAUCAGACAAUGAAAGCAGACUUGCUCAAAUUAAUAGUCCUUCGUUGAAACUGAUCCAGCUCCUGUCAGAUGUUGCAGCCAAAAGACAAGCUCUGGAUCAGAUCAACCUUGAAUUACAUAACAGAAUGCAGGACAAUGAAACAUCAGAUAUCACACAUUUAGACCAAUUAGAGCAGAGAGUGUCCCAUGUAAACACACUGAGUGGACAUAUACAAGAUGUGAUCAAGGACAAAGAUACACUAAUAGGUAGACUGCAGCAGCCUUAUGUUGGGGACUAUAUGAAGAUAGAAGCCAUAUAUCAUAGAUAUGUGAGUGAGCUAUUUCCUAUGUUAGCUCCAGUCCUUGCUGACUUGUCUGUGCAUCUUGACAGUAUUGAAGCCAGUAGGGUGAACAUUGACAGUCCUCAACUGGAUGAUGUUUUAAAUGAUGUAUCAUCUAGCUUAGCUGCUAUCCAAACAGAAUUCCAGACUAUUGUUAACUUAAGACAAUCACUGAAUGAAUCUCUUGACCCAGCUUCUUAACCAUUCGCCACUCACACGAUUAUACAUAUAUCAAACAGUAGGAAAGAGUUAACUAGGUAACUAGAAUAGUUACUAAAAUGAACUGCAAAAAACAAAAUGGAGACCAAACUCAUACACCUUCGAUACAGAGGAUGAUAUAUAAAGUAAUCAAGGAACCAAUAUUGUCCUAAUUAAAUAAUGAAGUCUCAGAGACAUCCUCAUUGUGGAAAACAGUAGGAUGUUUUCGAAAGGUGUGAAUACAGAAGUUAAUUGGUUUAUCCUAUUACUCCUAGAAAAGAACUGUUUUUUUUUUCAUUUGGAUUAAGAGAAAAGGUGUGAAUCCAGAUGAUUAUUGGUUUAUCCUUAUUGGAAAUUAACUGGAUGGAAUUUGAAAUUGCAUUAUUACCAUAUCUUAGGAAAAUUGACAUGCAGUUAUACAGCUGUAAAGUUUUCUGUCUAGAUAUUUUUACAGACAUUGACAAAUAAAGAUAUCUAGAAACUAGAACAGAUCUUUCUUAAACAAUGAAAAC